AUGGCCGCGGUCACACAUCUAUCUAAUUUGUGCUUCUCAAAUGGCUCAACGAAGACGACAGCGCGUAGCAACCAACCACCGGUGGCUUCUUUGUCACUCAUGGUCCGUCCGAUUCGCCGGAAAGCGUUCCCAGGCUGUCGGAUUCUCGGGAAAAGGAAGCCCUUACCUUGCCGUCCGAUGAGCACUGGCCAGACGGCGCAAACUCCACCCUCAUCUUCCCCAACAUCAUAUCCUUGGCUGAUGCUCCCCCCCGUCUUGGAAUCUGAUUCCACCACCGCGGCUUACAAAUUCUACAUCCUGGCCGAGAACAGGGUCAUAACCCUAACCUGCGAAGAAGCGGCUCGAGAAGUAACCGCCAGCGGCGAUGUUAUGUGCAUCAGGGGCUCCUCCCACGGCUGGAUCGCCCUGUGGAACCCCCGCACCCACGAUCUGUUCCUCUACAACCCCAUCUCGCGCCGCCACAUAAACCUCCCCCCAUUUCACGACCUCUCCAAUUACAAUUACGACCCUGUUUACGACCCUUUUCGCGUGGUGAAGAUCCUUCUCUCCUCCUCCCCGGACGAUGAUGCCUGCCGGGCCGUGAUUAUCUACAAUCGGGAGGGGAUGAUGGCCUUCUGCCGGCCGGGCCGGCACAACAACAAGUGGGUUCCGAUGGUUGACGUCAGGAGCUGGUGGAGCCCGGACAACGGGACAACUCCGUAUAGCAGCUACAGGGACUGCAUCUACUCCCCGGAGCACGGGCUCUUCUUCGCCCUCACACAGUGCAAUUGCUUGGAGUCUUGGGACCUGAAAGACCCUUGUUCCCCUACCUCGACUAGGAUUGCUGAUUAUUUGAGUUUACGAGGGUAUGACCCGGAGAGUGGCUAUCUGGUGAGGUGCUCGUCGCUCGGGAAUUGGGCUCUUUUCGUGGGGGCCCACAGCCACGCGGUUGCGUUGCCUGCGCCCGAGCUGGGAUGGCUCAGGCCCAACUCCAUUUACUUCACGGAUAUGCAUGGAUUCGAGGUGUUUGAGGAUGAUCAACUGAUCAACGGCUGCGACAUUGGCAUUUUAGAUUACGAGAAGAAGACAGUGUCACCAUGCUAUUAUCCAAUCGAUGUCCGGAGACUCAAGAAGAUUUUCCCGCCGCCUAUCUGGUUCUUCCCCAGCCUCUAA